CCUCCCCCAGCCCCUGGCCCUGCACCCCCCAAAACCUCCCCCAGCCCCUGGCCCUGCGCCCCGAAAACCUCCCCCAGCCCCCUGCUCUGCUCCCCCGCACCAAACGUCCGCCAGUCCUGCUCUCCGUCUCAGGCCUCCCCCAGCGCAUGGCUGUGUUUAUCCACCCCCCACCCCCCCUUCCCCAAGACCAUGGCUCUGUUUAUCCAUCCUCCCCCGGCCCAUGGCUCUGUUUCUUACCGCUCCCUCCCUGGUCCCCUUCUUCCCCCCUCACCGCCACCCCGUAAAUAGCCUUGUCCCCGCCGCCCCGCCUCCUCCAUGGCCCUACUCCCCCUGAUCUCCCCAGCCCAGGGUCCUGCUCCCCAGCUCCCUCCAUCGCCCCCAGCCCCUUGCACUGCUCCCCCCUGUGCCCCCAGCCCCUGGCCCGCGGCUCCUGGGGAGCAGCCGCCGCCUCCCCGCUCCGGGCUGCCUGCCCUUCCUUCCCCCCUAGUGGCUGGCGAUUUCAGGGAGCCGGAGGUGUUCCCGCUUGGUCCCCAUCAUUUCCUCGGCGCUGAAUGCCCCGGGUGGCCCCUCUGUUGGGAUUUGUGGGGUUCAGAAGUUGUUCUGUUCCUCGUCCGCUGCUGCUGUGCGGGAUUCCUGCGCGCUGGGGUACGGUGGGAAGGAUGAUGCUCGCUCUGCCUGCAGAAGGGUUCGGGAAAAUGAAAUUUUCUUCGGCGCUCCCUGCAGCAUGUGAUGGAGACAGCGUGGGGCUGUGGUUUGGUGGUGUGAAGUGGGUAAACAAGACGUGCAGCUGGGUUACAGAGCGGUGUCGGUCUGUGCAGUAGUGUAAAAACAGGUCGGGAGGCAAGAUGGAGAUAACAGCCCUCUAAGCUUAGAUUUAUGUGCAUCUGUCCCCGCAGGAGCACUACAGAGGCUUGAACUGCUUAGGAUGCACAAAAUAAGGAAAGACAUCACCAGCGUAGGGAAGUCUGCAGAUAUUUUUUCUGAACUGUUGGUUGAGUUAAAAAGAGCAAGCGGUAUUGACUAGGAAUAUGUAUUUUGUGGAGAAAUUUAUGACUUAUUUUGCAUGAUAACUUGCUGAGCUUCACAUCGUGUGCUUUUCCAACUGGAGUAUCCUGUGGCUGUUUUGGAAGGGAUUCAAGGUAGCAAGCAGAGCGUGAUGUACAGCAGCCGAGAUAGAGCUGCCUAAAACCGUCUUGUGUUGGUGGCCUAGCUGGUCUUUAAAUGAUAUGUAAUCAAAAAGUCCCGAUGGAAAAGCUGCUAUUGAGAUUGUUGCCUGAAAGAUUUAUUUGUGUGCCUCUUGAGCAGCGGAGCUUGAAUAGACAGACAUCCUGGUUCUUGCAGUUAACAUUUUGGGUUUGGAGUGUUGUGUGGCGCGGCAGGGAGGCUGGCAGUGCCUGUCACUUAUUACAGAGCAGUCCCCAGUUCAGCAGCUACAUCUGACCGAGUGUGCGCCAGAGAUUGGUGCGUAUUCUCUGUUUUAUUAGUCACCACUGAGGUUAUGGUGUGGGGCUGUCCCUUCCUGAGGGUGCUUUGCCUUUUCUUUCCUCUCCCGAGGAGUUUAAAACUUCUGGUGGGAAGCACUGUCCCCUUCUCCGUGCUGCUGGAGGUUGGGUUUCUGCGGGGUGGAUGAUGCCUGCGGCAGAGCGUUUUUUCAAGUGGUAAUUAAUGCAUGUUUCCGUGGUAUAAAUGUGUUUGUGAAUAAGAUGCUUGGGCUCUAGUGAUGUGCCAGGCUGGUGUGGAAGUGGGAGGAGGAUGUGAAGCGCUGGGUGUAGUUAUCUCCUUAGCAUGUGACUCGCGAUAGUCUUUUCAUGUAUUAAUGAUUUCUGUUACCUAACUGUGGCUCAGCUCCUUUGUCAAUCACAAAGAUUUGAAAACCAAAAUAGCAGUCUAAAAACAUGUUUCAAGAGCUGAGAGGAUGAGUAAAACCUUCACAGAUAAUUUGCUGUCUAAGUUUUAUUGGACACUGAGUCAUGAGAGCAGUAGCUCUGAUAGAUAGGAACGAUUCAUCUAGAAAAUGAGUGUAUUGUAUGUCUUCUGAGGGCUCUCCAACCAGCUCUUAAAUAUUUAAAAAUUGAAUAGUUACAGAGUUAGAGGUAAAACAACAACUCCUCACUCCUGUGGAUUACAGCUCCACCGGGCUGUAUUUUUGGUGAACCUCCUUUAGCUAACUCUUUCUCACUGAGAGCAGCUUUUAAAUCCGUGUGGUAGUGCCACGUGUUGCAUGUAGGAAAAACAGACAUUGGGUUGUGGUGGUUGCCUUCCAAUUUUGCUGCAGAGAGUUUAGUGUUGUACUGAUAACUCCCCAAAUCACAAAAUCUUUUAACCUCAGGGUGCUUGAGGUUCACUGACAGGAGUUGUGGUGUGGUUGGCAUGUGGCUGCUGAGAAAAUACGAAGUAACUUCCUGGAAGAGUUCCUUCCACUGCAAGGAGAGCUGUACCCCGUAAAGAGAAGAACUUGUUAGUUCAGGCUGCUUUAAACAUCAACUCCAACCUACAUGUGCUCCUUGAACUGCUUAUUUGAUACUCUCCUGCUCAAGAGAGGCUUGACAGCUCUGGAGAAGAACCUGCUUGGAAUCUUAAGCAAUUUGGGACUUUCAGUGAGGUAGAGUUCCUAUUAGUGAUCCCUAGAGUUUUCUUUUCUACAUGGAGUGGCACUGUCUUUCCAGCACAGGUUUUAUUGGCAAUGUAAAUCCUCUUCCUUUUUGCAUUUGGAGUUCCUCUUACAUUUGGAGUUCCUAGGAGUGUCUAGGCAUACUUGCUGGACCAAAGACUGUUGAAAUAAUCUGAAAUUCAAACUCGCCCUUCAGCAGCAUUGUUUAUAUUCGAGUGCAAGAGUGCUGUCUAAUAUGAAGAGAGCAAGUGCUCAACUGGGUCCUGAAUUGUCCUUACUUUUUUUGCACAGAGAUUUCUUGCCUUGUGUUAUUCUAAGUUACAUGUGAUACUGGAUAAAACAGUUCUGGGUCAUAGAGCUUCAUUAGUUUUUCCUCAGUGGAUAAAGGUGCUAAAAUAAAAGUGGACUGCUUCCAGGUUCUUGCAUGUCUGUAAGUUGUGGAGUCAACAGUUCAAAAGCAUUUGUUCUGUAUUUUUUGUGGGAAACUCAUGCUAAGUAGCCAGUCAGUUUUAGAGUAACUCAGACUGUUUUAUUAGUUUAUUGACAGUGUAAUUAAUAUUACUAGUCCAUUACACAGACUUUACCAUAGUAAAAUCUGCCUCCCCAUGUUCUGUAGUUGACAGCAUCACUGCUUGGUCAGCAUUAAACAUUCCUUAUACCAAGUAUGUUGUGUGCUUAGAAGCAGGGAGAGAAAAUAUGAAUUGCCUUCAGUGGUCUUUGGGUUACUGAAAAUACCUUGAGGUUCCACGGUUUGGUGAUCUGCAAGGGCAGGGAACAGCUGAAUGUAUCAGUUCCAGUGUCUCGCUAUCCAGGCUGAGACUCGCACUAUAUUUUUAUAAACUUUAGCAAGAUGGAAAACCAAGGAAAGAUAGUGGAAAACCCAAUUUUUAAUGCUUCACAAAAAGACUUUGAAACACUUUAGCCAAGAUGUUGUAUGCAUUAUUAAUAAUCUAUAAAAAUACUAAUAUCCUUAGUACCACGCUGAUGCAGCAGGUGUUGAGCAUCUCAAAUAGUUUUAUUUACUUAUUUAAGGAGAAAUUAUUGCUUUAGUUGGUAAGAAUGCCAUACCAGGCAUCAUGUGGGUAUGAAUUGCUGUGUUCUGGAGCAUUUUGUGAUCUUUAGUCUAGUUUUUCUGGUAAAAGUAAUUUUUGAAAAGGCAUGUUGUAAAUGCUAGUUUUAAUUUUGAAAUGAUGAUUAUUAAGUGAUUAUGGAGAAAUAAUGUAAGUCCUAGGGGAAAUGAGAUUGUACAUUUGGAAGUAAUGGCUCAAGGCAGUGCGAAGAUACACUGGCAAGUGUGUGGGUGGGAGAAAAUGGGAGAAGAUACGAACCUUGCUUUAUUUUUUUCCUUCUGGUCACUUUUAAAAGUACUGUUUCCUGAAAAUAAAGUAAUUGAGGGUGGAGCUAGAACUCUUGAAGUACGGGAGCCUUAGAGGCAUCUGAUUGUUGCAGCUCUCCAGCUUUGCAGCCCCUUGGAAGCUGGCAUUGAGUGUGUUGAGAACAAAGUUACGGCGGGAGUUACACUCAGUCCAGGAGAUGAAGCAGCAGCAGUGUCUGAACACUUCUGCUGCUGAGGACGGCUGAGACAAACUACUUGAAAAAUACAUGUGCUGCAAAAGCAUUGUUUUCUCUAGGGAAAUACGAGAGUACAGCUGUUCCAGGCCAGCGUACACAGGGCUUGGAGCUACCUGGGAUGGUGGAAGGUGUCCCUGCCCCUGGCAGGGGGUGGAAUGGGACGGACUUUAAGGCGCCUUCCAACCCAGACCAUUCUGGGAUUCUCCGGGUCCUUGUUACAUUAUUUCAAUACAUCGAAGGAAUGGUGGCAUAGUUCAGCUGUUUAGGCAUCACUGACCAAAGCUGAAGAAACCCGCAGAUAGCACAUAAAACAAUUGCAUCUAGAAACCAUAAUAGCAAUUGGCCCCUUUGAGCUUUUGUUACGUUUGAAUCUUGGAGCUGUGGCUCAAACCAUGUAAUCUGACAGAUCAAUCUGAUUCUCCCAACAGCCAUCUUGUUUCAGAUUGCCGGGUGAGCACAACAGAGCAUGGGAAUGCUGUUUUUGUUGGUUUGCUGGGGGAUUAAAUCCAGGUGAUUCAGGUGUGGGGAAUCUGCCCACAGAGCUGGUGAGUAAGUGUAUCCAGGUAGAUUCUGAGCUUGCACAAACACAGUAAGCAUUGUUUUGGGUGAGGAUUGUUUCCUGUCACAGCCAGAGCAACGUGUUGGGGACAAGUCUCUUGAUGCCCUUUUCUGCUGAUUGUGCACGUGCACCUCUGUGCCCUGAGCUGUUAACCUGGCUCACAGGUAACAUUCAGAGGGUGCUUAGCACGGAGGGUGCUGAGGUCCUGGCACAGGGUGCCCAGAGAAGCUGGGGCUGCCCCUGGAGCCUGGAAGUGUCCGAGGCCAGGCUGGACAGGGCUUGGAGCAGCCAAGGAUAGUGGGAGGUGUCCCUGCCCGUGGCAGGAGGUGGAAUUGGAUGAUUUUGAAGAUCCCUUCCAAACCAAACCAUUCUGUGAUCUACUCUUAUUGUUUGUAGACCUCCAGUGUGAAGGAGUUGGUGAAACGCAGCACAUGUUUUGCUGUUUGUGUGGCUCAUAUGCAAAUGGAAAGAUAUUUCUUUUUAAUGCUGAAGAUGUCAGACUCCAGCGUGUGGGUAAACAAGAAGAUUCAAAUGCGUGGUAUUAACUGUACUUGCACGGUAAACCAAAAACUAGGUUUGGUAGUUGUGUCUGAAGUUCCUGGAAUGUCUUACUCUGGCUUUAAAUUAUAUGCUUCACUGCUGUUCUCUGCAAAAGCUGCAUGAUUAAAUAUCAGAUGCUUUUGAGCAAGCGCAGAAGACUUACAGAUCAAGAGGAAAGCCUUAAACCAUUAACUUGUGAGGAUAACUUCUUUCCCCGGGGCAGAAAAGGAGACCUGCUGUGGAUCAGCUGAUGUUGAUGGAGCAAAUGUGUAGCGAGGCUUUGGAGUUUUCAGGGAGUGUGCCGGCCUUCUCCCACCGUUUUCUUUGGGAGAUUAGUUGAAAGCAGCAGGCAAUAAUGCUGAUACAAGAGUUCGUGCUGCUGUGUAUACAUAUCACUGUUUUUAUUUCUAUUUAAAUUGGCAAAUGAGUCCUGCUCCCUGAGAGGGGGCACCAGGAGGGCAGUGCAGCAGAUUUUGGAUUUGCUUUUGCUCAGCUCGGGCACUUGGGAAAAGGAAACACUUUGGAAGCUGGGUUGCUGUGUUUGUGUUCUGCAUUGUACUGAGCAGUAACAAAUGGCAGUUGUGGUUUCCGGGAGGUGACAUCGGUGCUCAAGCUAAGUGUCUUCACAGGACUUAUUGUCCAAUUAGGAGAAGUGCUUCUUUUCCAGCACUUGAAGCAGCCAUGGUCUUAGCCUUAACUUUGCCACCUGAAGGAAUAGGUCUGUGUCUUUGAUCAUGCUGUGAAAACUGAGGUGGGAAUAUGAGGUAUGUCAUUAAUUGCUAAUAUUUAAGGGAUGCACUUACAACUGUAAGGCUGCAGUAUGUUUGUAAGUGAAAUUAAAAAAAUCCCACAAUCUUUUUGGCUAAUGAAAGAGUCUUGGACAGUGCCAGGCAGUUGAACAACUCCCGAGACUUCAGGAAUACUCUGUUCUCUACUGUGUCACCACUGGUUUUGUCCUUACCAAUGAGCAAGGUGAAUGGUAGCGUUGAUAUUUUUAGCAAAUCUUUGAAGUAAAGGUAAUGUAAGCUCCAGAAAAAUCUCAGAACUCAGUUGCAUCUCAACUGUGUGACCUUUUGCUGACAGUGCAUUUCAAACAUCCCUUUCUGCAAUUGUUAGUUUUUAUGUGAGGGGUUUUCUGUGUGACCUUUGUACGCACGGCUUUCUAUCAGUUGUGGAACAAAUCCAAAAUGAUUGCUUAGUAAUCUACAGUGGAUGAAGUUUUCUGUUCUGAGACAGCGAGUGGUAUAUUCAAUAGUUUUGAUAAUCCUAAUGUCUGUGGGAGUAAGAGAUUUGUCUUCUGUUACAUUAGUUUUUGUCCUUGACUGCCUUCAAGCACUAUUUGUACUUUGAGUCACCUGUACUGAGGGAGAACUGUGGCUCAGCUUCUCUUUUGUGUUCCUGCCUGUCCUCACACCAUGAAACAGGGCAAAGACAGUGCCAGAUGUGGACAAGUUGGGAUGCUGCUGAGUUUUGAUGUUUGACUUUUGUGAUUUCUGUACCAAUGGAGACUGAAAAGGAGGGUGAUUUUAGCCUGGAGUCUGUAAGGAGAGACUUUCCAACUACUUCCUGGUAGUUUUUGAUCUGAAGUUGUUUGCAGUUAAUUUGUGCUUCUCAUGUAAUUGUGCUAGGGUUAUAAACGCAGCAUAAAUCUUGUGAUCCAUGUUAGAAAUAAAGUAAUGUCCCACUUAGAUGUAUCUUGGCUACCAGGAAUCUAGGAUUUCUUAGAAAGUUUGUUUUAAAUUUUAGUCCCGAGGUGGAAACGGUGAGGAUGUCAGGUUUCCUUGGUGGUGGUGAGUCCAUUGUGGGCAGCUGGCAAUUCCAAAGCCCUCUGGAAGUAUUUAAUCAUUUUUUUCUUAAGUGGGUAGAAGCAGAUGUGUUAUUUAAUCAGUAUGUGCACACUCAGCCUCAUUAAUGCAAUUCCAGGAUCCUGACUAAUCUAUUUGGAGCCUGCAUAGUGGUACAGAUGACAGGAUGUUAAGAUAGUGGUGCAUUUCUAAACCAGAGAAUGACUUGUUCUUUCACUUUUCUUUCUUAUUGCUUAAAUAAGCUUCAGUUAACCACUUCAGGAAGCCAGAGCUAAAACCACAGGGUUGAUCUGUGUGAAAGAUGUAAUUUCAGUGUUUCCUUUGUAGCUUUACUAGUUUACAUAGUUGGAUAAUGAAUGAAAACCCAGUGAUGAGACAGUUACUUUGUUUGGUAAUUUCCCCUUUUAUCCCAAGGAAAGAUACAGGCAAGCAAAGGGACUCUGGGGAGCACUGGAAUUGAAUCUAUAGCUUUGGGUGUAUUGCUUUGUGUUUGGCUGUGAGAAGCUUAAAUUUUCAAUUUUUUUUCAUUGUUUUAAAGGGAUUGAGCAACUGUUUAUAGCUUAGAGCAAAUCAAUGCUCAACAUGACUUAACUCAAAACCUCGACUUGCUAGUGCUUACAUUUUCUAUUAAACUAAAACCACAGAUGUUGUUCCUUUUAGUAAAUUUCUUAUUAAUUCUACCACUGUCUCUGUAAUUUACAGCUGUCUUCUCCAGUACCAUUACCAGAGGGAGGAGUGACACAGCCAGUCAGUCACCGUGGCAGGGCUUUGUAGCAGUCAGUGCUGGGUUAUACAGAUACAGUGGGUUCGAAUGUGAGAGAUCCUUAUCUUUGUUUGAGCUUCUCAUGCUCAGGACAGCAGCCAGGACGCCUGUCUUUUUGGUAUCACAGCAACUGUGCUCUCCAGAGGAAAUAUGCUAAAAGCAUGGCACUGGAAUGCCCAGACAGCAAUCAUUUAAAUGGAUCCUAUUUAACCUGGCAAGUGCUGGUGUGUCUGAGUUAACCCCUUGUGUGCCAGGAGCUGUUUGCAUCACUUGGGCAACAUCCCAACUCAGCUGCCUGGCAUGUGAAUUUGGAGAUGGCCAGUGUGUGGACAAAUAGCAGUUUUGUGCCUGGGUAGAAUAAUCUCGGACUUGGAAGUUUUAGUGUUGAAGAGAUGCUACUUUUCCUAUUUUUCUUUUUUUCCCCCCCAAAUUCUCCCCCAGUAUCUGCAGAACCCUUUGUUAUGGCAUCACUAGCAGCCCGAAGCUGUGUUGGGGACGUUAGGUUGGAUUUUAGGAAAAGGUUCUUCCCCCGAGGGUGCUGGGCACUGCCCAGGCUCCCCAGGGAACGGGCACAGCCCUGAGGCUGCCAGAGCUCCAGGAGGGUUUGGACAGCUUGCCCAGGGUGGGAUUGUUGGGGUAUCUCUGCAGGGAGGGGGUUGGGCUCCAUGAUCCUUGUGGAUCAAGAUUAUUCCUGCUCAGGAGAUUCCGUGGUUCUGGAGGGUGACCUUGCUGUGCAAGAUCAGACGGUGUUUGGACAGCUGCUGGUUUUCAUCCAGCAGUGAAUUUCCUCAAAGAUACACCAGCCAAACUCAGGGAAAGGCUCCAUAACUGGGAAAGUGAGGAAGGAGAUUGAAACGUCUAAAGGCCGUGAAUGGAUUGAUAAACAUGAAGUUGAAAUUCAUGUCCAGGUCCAGGAAACAAGUAGGCUUGCCUAGAAACAUAGGGAGAGUAGUUUUAGAGCUAUGUAAAUGCAUUAUAGAAAGGAUGUAGGAGUGUUCUCAAAGCAUAAAAAUGAUUGUGGCCUUUGCAGUUUAAAUCUGCUGCUUUGAGCUAGGCUAGCAGGUGCCAAUUGAUGGAAUGGUCCUUUUCCCACCUGCUUUCUGUACUGUUACAGCCAGAAUUACUCAUUCAGUGAAAUUCCUUCAGGUGGCUUGGCUUAUAGUAAUUUUCAUGUCUCCGGGGCAAAAAUCAGGUCAUCCCUCAGCCUUCCUGUGGCAGCUGUAGGACAUGAAUGCAGCCAAGAAAUCCACAAAGCCAACUUAGGGCAGCAGGAACCAAUGGCACUUCUUGUCAUAGACUUGGCCUAAGAAAUUACCUGUGUUGCUUUCAAAAAGUUGAUCUGACUGCAGGGUGCAGAGGAUCUCCUGGAAACUUAUUUCAUCCAUUUAGUAAUGCUGGAAUAGUAAGAGGGAGUAAUUGAGCUGCCAUUGGAUUCUUAGGUUAGAAUAUUGAUGUAUUUUCUUUUGUAAAUUUUACAUAAUAGUCUGAGUUAGGCCGCAGUGACUGAGUUGUUCCUGAUGUGGAAAGAGAAAACAUUAAUUAAUAUUAGGUCAUAGUAAACUGUUGCAGCCAUAGUACAGCGCAUGGACAGGCCUGGUAGGUGUUUAUAUUUAGGUGAGGUGGUUGACAUGACAAAUUUGGCCUGUUAAGAAAUAAUCAAAAGUCAGAGAUAGGCACUUACUAUGACUGAAGUGACGUACAGCUUAAUAUCUGCUGCUGUGGGAGGCAGGUUAUGGAGCAGGUAUGAAGAGAGAGAAAGAUGGGCUGUAAAUCUCUGAUUUGGAUCACUGUUGAGCACUAAAACUAGAAUGAUAGCUUGGAAAGUCUUUACAGAUGUGAGGAUUUUGAUAAUAAUAAAAAUCACUUUGUCGAGAAUUGCACCAUCUCUGUUUCUGGCCAGAAGGUGUUAUUGGUUGUGCUGCCAAGGGUACAAUUGUCAACUAUCAAAGCUAGUAAAUAAUGACAACGGAGGAAAAUUAUGUACCAUUGCUGUCAUGAACAUAAAAUCAAUGAUGUAGCAGAGUUUAAAGUGCUUUUGUAGUAAAGCUUUGUUCAUAUUUUCAAUACAUGCUAAAGAAUUAAUAGGAUUAUUUUCUUUCCACUGUGAAUAAAUCCGAGUAAUAGUUUUCCUUCCUAAAAUUAGUUUUGGAUUGCUGUUCAGGCUUGGGGUUGAAAGAUUUCUGAGAGUCCCUGGGCCAGCUUCUGAGCCCCUGCACAGGGUGGUGACAUGAAUGACGGAUGAUGAGACUGUAGGAACUGACAAUUGUGCUGGUAUGUUCCGAAUACAGCAGACGUGUAUAGCUGCAGCCUGAGUGCAGGUGGGACCCUGCUGGAGUGGUUUAUCAUUUUUCUAUGGCAAUUCUGCUACUUGAAUGGCAAUCUGUAGUUCCACCCUUGGAGCUGAGUAAAUGAAAGCAGGGAGGGCCAGAAACAAGCUGAGGAAAACGAUUCCUAUACCCUGAGGCAACUCAUCCAUUUAGUCCCCUUUCAUUAUUUUUCUCAUGCAAAAUAAGAGUCUAAUUUUAACCUGCAUUAAUUAAGCUUCAAAAAUGCCUCACCGCUAUGAGGUUGUGGCAUUUAAUAGUGUCUGGAUGUACAACAGUACAUCAAUUUAUGGUGGAAGGAUCUGGCUGUUGACUUACUUGAGAAUGAAAUUUAGGUAGGGUGGGGCACAGCUUGCUGCGGGCAAAAGCUGGGCUGGAUACCCAGGUGUGUGAGCCUGAGCUGGAGGAAGGGAUGUGUGUCGGGAUCUGGGUGCCAGGCCAUCAGUACCUACAGCACACACCUGCCUUGAUAGCUGCUUAAUAUCUGAUAAAAGCAGUAUUGGAGCUGAGCUCAGGAGCCCUAGGUGGCUUCCAGGAAGAGAUCCCUUCUCUGGGAAUAUUUUGCUUACUGGAACAUCUUGCUUCCCGCAUAAUAGGAUGCAGUCAGAGGGUUGCUGGUUUGAUUUAUGAUGCUAAUUGGCGUGGUAGUUGAUGUGAACUGCAUGUACUAAUUGCUCACUUGCUAAUCCUUUCCAAAUUAUCUGACAAAAGCUUUUAGGAUGGAGCAUUACAUGUGUUUUAAAACUGGUCUGCAGACAAACGUAAACAACUGAGGGGCUUGUUUUGCUUUAAAUGCGGAAUUCAAGUGCUGGUCCAUUUUAGUCACUGUAAAGUUAAAGCAGAAAUUCAGUUGCUUUUAUGUAGUCUCAUUAUUGUUCUUUGUGGGAUUUAAACACAGCUGAAAAAAUAUUCCAGAACAUGCUUCCCCUCAGCUUUAAGCUGGAAAAUUGCCAUCAUCUAUAUGGUAAUAGUUUUUAUGUGUUAUCUGUAUGGUGAAGGCAGAGUAUGUCUGUCUGUGCAGCUUUAUGUAAUGGAAAACACGGUGUGCCUUUUGAGUUGGUGGUGGUGAUGUCAGUGCAGCAGAAACUGCAGUGGGAAAACAUAAGGAAAAUAAAAUGGAGAUAUUCAUGCAGUGUUGGGAUAAUGAAGGCAUUUUGGCUGUGAUUCUGGUUGAGGAUAUAUGCUUUGACUCUUUCACUGUGCAAAGCAAUGAAGUUUAAUAUAAACCAGGGAGAUUUUGUAUUUCCAGAUUGAUAGGGAAAAUCCUGAUGUUCGAUUAUGGAAUGCAGUAGUCUAAAGAGAUGACUUUUACCUGUUCUUAAAUAAGGCCAGAGCUGUUUCAGGAGGGAGCUGGUUCUUCACACUGAGAAUUGUACAGGCUGCUCUCUGUGUGAAUAGGGAGGGUUGCUUUGCUUCUGUAACAUAUUGCAUUAAAGUGGGUGUUUGACAAAAUGAUCAUUAAUCUAUCUCAAACUUAAUAUUUCAAGGUGAUUUAGACACUUUAAUCAUAUCAAAUUUUCUAAUUUGAGCCUGACUGGCUCGCUCUCACAGCGAGCACUGAAAUGAGAUUACAGACAGCUGAAAGAAAUUAGUCAAUUUGGAAGCAAAAAGCAUUUAAAUACAGGUGUUUGGCUGUGAUUUGAAUAUAGCCUGUCAACAGCAAGAGGCAAAAUACUUCAGUGACCUAAAAAGUGCAAAUAUGUCCCUUUAGGGAUUACUUGUUGUUAGGUAAUGACAUGUUAUUAAAAUUAAAGCUCACAUUUAUAUCCCUUGAUUUGCUAAGUAGGCCAAUAGCUUUUGAAAAACUUGGUUGAUAAAUGGGGAAAAUGAAUUUUGUCAGAAUUUGUAGGGACGCAGGUAACUACUGCUGGUGUUUUGGAUGAUUAUUUUUUUAAUUAAUAUGUAAAUAAGGUGGUGUACUCAGGCUGAACCAGCUACCUGCUAGAAGCUUGAAUACAAAUCCCAUCAUCUUGGAAGAAAGCAGCACUGGAGUGUUUUAGAAGUUGUCUGGUAUUCCUGAAUUCCAGUGAAAGGUGCUGUCAGAGGAACCUGUGUUACCAUGCAACGUGGAGACAUUUCUCCUCCUCGCCUGACAUUCUGCAGCUGGUUUUGUGUACCUCUCACACUGUGUCUCUACUCAGCAGGUGGAAAUAUUGCCUGCUAGGUAAGUGGUGAUAUUUGAUAAAAGCUGGUGAGUGAUGCCACAUUCAGGAAAUGAAAUAUGGAUAAAUUACAGUCACAAAAGGGAUUAGAUCUUUUUCAAACGAGAUCAUUGAGAUUGUAAGUUAAAAAAAAAAAUCCAAAACAACAAGGUGCUACAAACAGGGAUGAACAUAGUUGUGUAAAUCUGUGUUCUUCCUGAGAAUGAACUGUGUCUGCUAUUUCAGCAUCUGUCUCUUGUUUGUCUCGGUGAACUUGAUGCCAUCAAUAAAAAGGCUGUUCCUAGCUAGGUAUGUCAGCAGAGACUGGACAUUUAUUGUCCUCAGGAUAAUCUAUGCCCUGGAUAGGGAGUAAGGUACAGGUUUCACUGGGAAUAGUGUGUGGAGAACACUAGAUAGUGCCAGAGAAACCCUCUCCUACCCUGUGACUCUUUGUUUGGGUUGGUUUCUGCUGUAAUCAGUCCUGGGUCCUGGGCUGUGUGAUGGCUCUGCUGUGAGGAUCACCUCUGGAUUGAAGAAAAUUGUUACCUGUGGGUGUAACAGGCACUUCUUACAAAUUCAGGAGUUAAAAACUAAAAUCAAGAACAAGUGCAGUGGGCUUGAACUUGAAGACACCUGAUUGAAAUUUACAUAAAGGUCUAGAACAGCAGCAGUGAUGGCAACAGGAUAAUGCUGAUUAUGAACUGUCCUCCAGAUUGUGUAUUGCCAAAUUGUUGUAUUACUGUCCUGUACAGAAUCAAUUGAAAAAGCAAAGAAUUAGACAAGCCUAAUUUUAGUCCAGCUUUUAAAGCAGAAUGUAAAACCUGAGUCUUAGGAAAUAGUACAGUAAACACCUUGAACAUGUUGCCUCUGUCACAGUGACAGUGGCUCAUCUGUUAGCAGCCACGAUGGGUUUUGUGUUUCGGGUGCUGUGGCCGGGCUACUGCAGGAGCGAUUCCGCAUUGAGCAGGGGGGAACUGAAAGCCCAGUGUGGUUGCUGCUGGCCCUGGAGCUUGAAUCAAUUGCUAAAAAUUUACAUGGAGAUGUGUCUGUCUGCAACCCAAAACGCCCGAGUGAAAACCAAUGGACUUCAAAAGCCUGGGAGCUGCAUGUGUGAGUAUUCUGUUAGGUUUGAUGUCCUUGGGAAUGUGGGCAAGUGGAAGCUGUGAUGCUGAUGAGGGAUGUGACCAUCAUGGGGAGAGAGCGUGGGAUUUGUUUUCUAGCUGUAAUAGCUUCUAAGUAAUUCCUCUGGAGCUGUAAAAAUGGAUUUUAAUGGUCAAGAUAGCUGUAUAUGCUUGAGCUAUGGGGUAGUGAGUGGUUUCCUCACUUGCAAGGAGCAUUUUUUGCUCAGUUUGCCUCCAAGCAGGACAAACAGGCCAUUGAACAUAGGUGAUGGCUGGAAUGUAGCAGCUUCAGUGUACAUUGCUUCUACUCUCCCAAACUUCUUGAGUGCUUGCAGGCUGUUGGCUUUUGGAAGCAAAAAUAAGCCAAAUUCUUGUAGUAGUCAAGGACCAGCAGCUGUUCUGGGAGACUUUGAGAUAGGAACUAAAAUUACAUAACUUGUGAGAAUUUUGAAGGCUUCUGGAUUAUCACUUUAGUGUGCUUGAACAUUGUGAAGGGAUUUGCUGGAUCUGGUUCUUCUUCUGGUUCCUGGGAUUGCCAACUUUCAGGCUAAUUUCUAUAUUUAGACAUUUAUGUGUGCUAUGUAAUAAUGAGCAGCUGAUGUAAAAGCAAAUAUUUUUAACUGCUUGGCACUUGUUUAAUUUGCAUCUUACAUCCACUUGGCAGCAAAUGUAUGAAUUUGCAGUUAACUUUUACCUGUUUAAAAUAAAACCCAGUGUAUUAAUUUCUUUAAAAGAACAGUAAAUCAAAUUACUUGUAUUUAUGUUGCAUUCAAGUGGGAGGUGAUGGGGAGUGUUCCUAAGAAGGAAUGGAUAAGGGCUAAUGACAAAUUGUGAUACAAGGUGGAAAUAACUGAGAUUGAAAAUCAGAUCUGUUUUCUGUAACGUGUUUUCCAUCCAGGGGCUGACUUGCAUAAAGCCAGCAUACUGCUUUAGCUUCUGCUCUUUGUUUACUCUUGAGGAGGUGGAAGCUUUAUGUUGAGAAAAGGACACAGAAUUUGUUGUCUCCUUAUAACAUGUGGCUGAUUGCUAAUCUUAUGGAAAUGAUGUAUUGAGCAGAUGAGACCUGAUUAAUAAUAAAUAAAGAUGCUGAGAGUGGUUUGGGGGGGGGAAUUAAGCUUUUAUUUUAAUUCUUUUUAAACCCCCACAGAGUAAAGCCUCUUUAAGCUAGUCAGGUAAGCAUAGUCUGUAACCUAGGAUUAUAUUACUCUGCUCCUUUGUGCCUUAGAAUUACUACAACCUCCAUUCAACUCGAAUUCAAAAUGAGGUGACGUGCUGCCUGAUUCCCAGGUUGGAUUUAGCUGAAAGUAAUACUAGAAAUGUGCAAGACUUGUGGUAAAGUUGAGCAGCAGAAUAUAAACUUGCUAAAAACAGAGGCAGAUCUUCACGGCCUUCUGAGAGCGUAGUGGAAGAGUGGGUGAGCCUGUGAUAUUUAAUCUGCUGCUGCAGAGCUGAUAGGCUGGUGGAGGGCUCUUGGCUCUGGUGAAUUGCUGUCUUACCCCCAAAUGUGCUUUUCCUCAAGGAGCAGAAGCAGGGUAGGAUGCUGCACAGAAACUCUUGCUGCUGAACACCUCAGUGGGCUGUGAAAUAACUUCCAGGCCCUAACAAACUUGAACCUGUUUCUCUGGGAGAGAAGGUUCUUCCAGAGCAAACCAUAUUAAGGAAAGCGAAUCUAGUCUUCAUUCUAAAUGUUUGAUUACCCUUGACUCUGCAAAGUUGUUCUUUUUUGGAGGAUGGUCGGGUUGUCUGUUAGACUUGUCACUGAAAGACACCAGUUUGUUACAAUCCCAACACCCACUGUAGUGGAAAGCAAAGGAUUUCUCUAACUUGGUAAAUCUGUAUCCGAGGCUUGAGUGAAAUCAGCAGCAUGUAUCUGAAGUCAAGUAAUGCUAAUGCUGCUUGGUGUUGGCUACUUUGUACGGUGUAAUCUUAAGUGAUUUUGUAAUUAAUGGGUGACUGUGGUAAUCCCUUAAUGGUGAGAUAAUUGCAGCACUUAGAGGAGCAACUGUUGGCCAAAACACACAAGUUUUGCAUUGGGUAGCUUGCAUUUUGUGGAAAAAGUAUUAUUUAUCCCCAAGUUCAUGGGUGCUUGAGUCCCGAGUACAUUUGACUCACUCAGUCCCUCUUCCCUGUCUGUCUGCACUACGAAAUCAGAGGACUCCGUAGCUGAUUCCCUCUGUCAGUGACUCUGGGAAACCAUGGAGUGCUGUAGAGAUGAGAAUCCUGCCAAUAUAAACUUUCCAUGGAAACAUUAUCAGGAAAUUGAAUUGAAUGAAAAAAAUAAGCUAACAGGCCAGCCUAGAUCAGCCUUCUCGUGUUGUCCUAAUGCUUCCUUUUCCCUGGCUAACCUGAUACUGAGGUGUUUGAGUAGUCUGAUAAUGGAUGAGUGCAGAUACAGCCCAGUCAGAGCAGUAACCCUGCUCAAAACAUAGGUCAUCAGCUUUUCAGAAAUGUCAUCUUGUAUUUCAGUGAAAAACACUGGGUUUAUGUCUUCAGGUUCUUAGUACACGUUAAAUUUGCAUCACAAGUUACAAAGCUUUAGUGAAAGGUUCUCUGCAUUGCUGAACAAUUACCCAUAUAAUUUUCACCUUUUAUUUUUAAGAUAUGAUACCAGGAGUUAGGAACUUGAAGCAAAAAGUGCUUGUGAGCAGAAUGCACAGUUCACAGGAUUUCAGGGUAAAUCAAUGAAUUUUCUUUGCUGUUGUACUUCCAGUAAAGCUAGGAAUGUUGGAAAUUUCGUUUACCUUGUUUUCUAAACACUCAGGGGUCAGAUCGUAUGUUGAGAAUUUUUUUAAAUUGUAGAUGUGCUCAGUGGAGAUAAAUGGUCUAUCUAACUGUAAUAUGUCUGCUACAAGUACUGCUGCAUUUCUGUGCAGUUUCUUUCCAUCUCCUUGUUUUAAAACCUUUCCUAAAUCCUGUGGUUCUCAUAUUGAUACUCUCAAAUUCUAAAAUCUAAACUUGGAGAAAAACGUUGCAAUGAUGGAAGAGUUGCAAAUUUUGAACAGUGUUGCCAGAUCCAAGGCAAUCUCAUUUCUAAUGUGUUACUCUUGAAUAUUCAGAGUAUGCAAACAGGAGGAAGUUUUCUCUUUUAAAGUUUGUGUCCUUUGGGGAGUGAGAGACAUCUGAGACAAAUCUGUUGAUAUAAUGUUACUGCAUUUCUGCUAGAUAGAUAUUAGUUAAGCUGUAUAAUUUUUUUUUUUUGAGAAAGACUCGUUUAAAAACAGAUUUCAAGUUGUUAAUUCAUGUAUUCUACUUUCUGUUGGUAUUUUUUGCCUGGAGGUGGAACAAUGGCUUGGGGGUGUGAGUAAAACACCAGAUCUGGUGCUGUGGUAGUGGCAGGGAGGUCUCACUGAAGAGAGAGCUUUGUCAGUCAGUGUGAAUCUUUAGUGAUGAGUAUUGUUAGACACCUCAGCAUUCAGUAAAGAAUGCUCAUCCCCAUUAAACUGAAGCACCUUCCAGAUCCCUUGGAUCUGAGUUUCUAGGUGAGGUUUAAUGGAAACACAUUCUGACUUACUGCUCGGAGCGUUGGCCUUUUAAAAAUGCCUGCUGCUAGCAGCUUCUGCUAAUUUUAGCUCGUGUGUUCUUGAAAUGCCACUAGUAGCUACAUACUUAAUCACACUGAAAAUAAAGGGACUUUUCACUCCCUGGAAGAUGUGUAAGGAGCCAUGGUGCUAUGCAGCAGUUUUGUCUUGAAUUCCAUCGUGGUUGAAGCUUAGGAGUUCUCCACUGACUUGCCCUCGGGUUUCUGUUCAGUUUCAAGUAAUUGCCCAGGCUGUGCAACUUCAGGCACUGUAGCUGUGCCAGAAUGUGUAUUAAAUGCCGGUCCUAAUCCUGUGGGACAAGGGUCAGCAUGUUGGAAGUGACCCCUGUGUUGCAUCCAGAUGAAAACAUAGCAGGAAUUAAUCUAACAAGUGCAUUUGUCCUGGAAGUUGAACCACUUCACUGAAAGCUUAUUUCAGUUUGCAAUUAUUCACUGUUUGCCUAAGAGUAUUAGAACUUUCAUUUGUCAUGAGCCAGAGUGAAGAAUUACAUAGCAGAUCGCUACUGGUUUAUGUCUGAAAAUAAUUUUGAAUAAUUCCUGCUUGGGCUGUGGCGCUGUUAGUGUGAAUCCUGGCUGGAAACAACCCUUGCCUGUGUUACUGCACUUGCAGAACCUCACAGCUUUGUGGGGGGAGUGUUUGCCAACACCUGGUGAUAAUCCCCUCGUUGUCCUAGACUGAGAGGAAUAAAAGCUUUGGAAAUGACAUCCUUUUCCUAAUGGCAGGAGCUGAGGGGGCAAUGUUUGUCCUGGUUUAAAUGUGGUCUGGGUGUGCAGAGGGCUGGGUGCUGCUCCUCAGGGCCACUGCCUUUGAUAAUUUUAAUUAUUUGCCGUAUAAUUCAAGGUUAGUUUUUCCUCAAGUUACCUAGAAAGAAACGCUCACUAUUCAGAACUGGUUUUUAUUCUUCUGUCUAGGACAACACGGGAUUAUCACCAGGUGUUUGUAAAUAGACAGACAGUGUGUAUUGAACACUUAAAUCUGAUCAAGUGCUUGAUCCUGUAAUCUCCUGCAGUGAUUAUCUUUACAAACAAAUCUGCAAAAUACUGUUUUAUUUCCUAGAAAUACAUAGCAAGCGAGUAGGGCUGAUGCUUUGUUUGUCAACAGGAAGUGUUUUCUGGUGGGGAUGUUUCAUUUGGCACUGGAAGUGUGGCUCGUUUUGGUUUGUUUGUGGGCUUAGCCAGAUGGACAGGCCGAGCAUUGAACAGCGAGAGUUGUUUCUUUUCUGGCUGAGCUGAGACACUGCAGAAGUCCCCAGUCUUUGUUGUUUCAGACCCUAACCAAGUUGGACACCUUCAGUUUGUGCAGAAAGCAGAGCUGUGAUCUGCGUGCUGAUCAGGGGCAGCAAUCGAUUUUCCUUGGCUGCUGGCUGCUACUCAGAGCUAAUUUUUAUUUCAGCAGGUUUUGUGGAUCUGCAGAAUUCCUUCUCUCUUGAGUCAUGUCUCAGAUCGAUUGGGACUGAGGCACUUGGAGAAGGUUUAUGCAAAACAAUGGUACUUUUUAGGACUUGGUCAGAUGCUUACUUGGCUGUAGCUGUUGCAAGAUGAUAACUGCAAUAAUAAAUAUUGCAAAGAAAUUGGAUCUUAUUGCAUUCUCUGAGCAGUUAUGAGAAGGACUUAAUUAGAGUUCUGGGAAAGAGAUGAAGAUCAGUCUAUUGUGGCUGAACUGGGAGAGAAGCAUUUUGACUUUGGCCUAGUAACUGUGCAGUGAAAAGAAUUUAUAUUGACUUUGAGCAACUGAAGUGAAAUAUAAAAAGUCACAAUACCAGGGGAGUCCUGUACUGCUGUAAUGAAUUGGGGCUUGGCUGGCUUUAUUUGUUUGGUUGGUUUUUUUUAGAAAUGACAAAACCAGGCUAAUAAACCUUUGCCUAGGAGCAGUGACGAUUGCUAUGGAAGAAUCUCAGAUGCUUCUUUUUAAACAGUGGUAAAUACAGUAUGAGAACCAAGCCAAAGGGCUGAUACUCAACCCUGAAUUAGUGUUUUCAGCUUAUGCUUAUUACUGAAAAAAGAGUACACGUGCAUGUUAAAAGGUCAGUACAAAUUUGAUUUCUUUGCCUGCUUUAAGACUCAGCUAUAAGAGCUUUUUACCUUUUGCUUCGUUAGACAUAUUGAGUUGGUGAUGUUAAAAACAUUUGCUUGAAAAAUAACUUUGUUUAUUGGUUUACAGAUCAGCUGUUUGAUUUUUGAUCUGAAAUUCAGGCAGUGGCUGAAAUGAAAACAAGUGAAGGGACCCCGGCUUGCUGCCCAUGUGAUGGAACAGGGAGAAUCCCAGGCAGGAAGGAAAAAGGAGUGUAAGUGUUAAAUGACUGAGUGCCACUGCCUUGAUGAUUACCCUCUACUUCUUGGAAGAACCUUCUAAUGAGGAUCCUUGUAAGAUGCCUCCUUUGUGCUAACAGCUAAUGAUGGAGAUGGGCUGUGGUUCUCCACAAGAUCUUUAGGAGGUUUCAGGCUUUUAUGAGUGUUUAUUUGCAUGGGAGGGCAGAUGAUAAGCAGGGAACUGAAAAGGGAGGUGGGCGGCUGUCCAAGCUAAUAAACACACUCAGAGAAGUAAUUAGGGUCUGUAUGGAAGGGGAAAAGUGAGGAGCAUCUGCAGCCACUGGCUCAGGAGUUUUAUUAGUGUGAGAGAUGAAUUAUUGAAGGCAGAUGUUCCCAGAGCGUUCUCCAGCUCUGUGCUAAUGGAAAAGGUGAUGAUUAGCGUGAGUUGGUUGAUGGCUGAGGAGGAAAUGCAAAAACCAUCUUAAACUACCAGGAAUUGCUGCUCUUUGGAGUAGAUUCCAGUGAGGGGUGACUUCAGUUCAACCUCAGCUUGCCUUAAAUCGAGCUACCUGGUUGAAUUCAGGCUUUCCUCAAAUUAUUGUCCCUUUCAUGUUUUGUUUUUUUUCUUUAAAAUGGGCAAAUUUGUUGUUCCGAAAUAAAGAUGUCAUGAAAUGAAUCCCAUGUCUUCUCCAUAAGUGAACUCUGUUACAGGGGAAUUCCCCAUGUUAGGAUAAGGUAAGGAUUAUGGGGUGUGGACUAUGAGUUGGCUGUGCCAAAUGUAAUAUGGAUCAAUUAAAUAAAAUAAUUAAUUUCAAAAUCAUUUUUCUGGCAGAUUCCUGAGUUUUGAAUUUCAGUAGGCCUUGCAAGUAGCUUAAUUUACUAUGUUUCAUAAUAAUCUAGAUCUGUCUCACUGACUUGUUCUCAUACUGGAAAAAAUAAAAUGACAUCAACUACUUUUUCAACCUCUCUUUGUUCAUGUUGGGGAUGAAUUUCUUUGACAGGCUGCUUUGAGUGAGACAUGCUCUGGCAGACGACUUCAAAAAUAGAGCUCUGCUAACACCUAGGUUUUAGCAUAACAAUGGCUGACGAGGAAAACUGUUGAAAUAUUGAUGUGAAGUGUAAGCCAGGACGGUGAGAAAAGGAUCUAUAGUAUGUAUAGAUAUAAACCAAAAAAGUAUGUAAAAUGUAAAGCAAAAUCAUACCAUUAUGGAAUAACACACAAAGAAAUAUCUGUCUGCCACUGCUGUUAAGUAGGAUAUCAGAAGCUUUUAAAAGGUCAGAUUGGAGCUUUGCAAUAAAAAGAUAAAUACCCAGAAUGGAUUGUGCUGACCAUUUGCCCAAGACUUGCUGCUGCUAGGGGCUCGUUUUUGCCCACGUAGUUGAUUUAGGUCGCUCUGAAAGCCUGCAGUAUUUUGAGGAUAAGCUGCUCAGUUCAUGAGUAUGCAUUCUGUGGUUUGCUUCCCAUCCAAGGCAUCUGUGGGAAGUGCUGGUUGGAUAUGGUGGCUACAAAUGCACUUGGAAAGCAGAUCUCCAAACAAACCUGUGGUUUGGUUCUGCCUGACCUCUGGGGCUAAAGCAGCCAAGUGCAGCUGCCUGUUCUCUGGAGCUCUGUGUUGAGUAGCAGGAGCGCAGCUGAUGUGUAGAAGCAAGAUAAUUUAAGACUUGAAAUAGCUGGUCCAGAAUUGUUCCCUGUGAGGGUGGGGAGGCCCUGGCACAGGGUGCCCAGAGCAGCUGUGGCUGCCCCUGCAUCCCUGGAAGUGUCCAAGGCCAGAUUGGAUGGGAGCAAUCUGGGCUGGUGGAAGGGGUCCCUGCCCAUAGCAGGGGAUGGAAGGAGGUGAACUUUAUUGUCCCUUCCAGCCCAAACCAUUCCAUGAUAAAUUGUUUGUCAAGUCAUGUGUAUGGAAAAGAGAAAAGCAGACUUUGCUGUGAGCAUGGGGGCGUGUGCAAGAGCUGGAGUUGUUGCUCCUGGAUUAGCCCUGCAGGUGCUUUCCUGUAGCUUAAACCAAGCCUCUGCUGCAUCAACAAAGGGCAGCAAACAGCCAAAGCAGUGGGUAAACAGUGCUGUGUGACGGCUGAAUUCCAUUUAUCAGAUUAUAAUGAUGGGAAAGCAUUUACAAGAACGGUGAGGAGUUAAUUCUGUUGGGUUGGCUGAUGCCGUAAUGUUCUGAUGAUCAGCUAUAAAGUAAUUCCAGCAAGGAGGAAUCAACUUCCUUGACUGAUAAUUCAUAAAUAAUGCUAGAGGAAAUCACUACCUCCUAUUUGGGAAGGUUUACUGAAGUAACAGAUAUAACUGAAAAAGUGUGUAGAGUGUUUAGCCCUAGAUAAUUAUCUAGAAUUGUAAAACUGAAUAAAAUCUUCUGUGGUUGAUCGUGACUGCUUUAAAGACAUUAAGCAACACUCUCAUGAUGUAACACUUGCUAAAGGGUUCAAAAUUAACCAAAUGGUGAUGAUUGAAGAGUAAAGAGAAAAGAUAGCAUUUUGAACACAUUUUCUGCUAGAAAUAAGUAGUAGCUCUGAGUCAAUAAAUCUCCUUACAUGACUCUUGUACUACAGAAACUAAAAAAUCAGACUUGAACCAAUAACACCUGGAUAAGUAGAAACUGAAUAGAGGAACAAGACUGAAGAACUGAUGGAACUAGCUUUCCUCUGUGAGUUGGUGUAUUAAGUUUCAUCUAAUUUAAUUUAACAAAUGUAAAGUUAUUAUGGGUGUCUUGUACAAAGGAUGGAGGGUAAUGAGAGUAUUUGUUGGCUUUUAUAUUUUUAAAAUAAUACUGUAAAUGGAGAUUACAAUCAGAGCUCUAUUGAAUAAAGUUGGUUACAUUGAAAAGAAUCUGUGGGGCAUUUGUAAUCUGAGGAGUGAAUAGACAGAAGGCAAAGUUCUCUGGGAUCCUUUUAUUAAUUUUUCUGACUUAAACAGCUAGAUAUCUUAUAGCCUAUGUGCUAUUGUAAAUAACUGAGGUUCAAUUUUACUUUCUUGCUGUGUAUUACGGAACCAGUUACGGUACAAUGCAUACAUGCUGAACUCUGCAUGAGCACCAUUCUGAGAAUAGAGGGAGAAAGGAAUAAAUGAAGGGACCUACACAAGGGAUUGUUGUAAGAAAUGAGAGAAUGUGGUUUCUGCUUCAGGUUGUAAUGUGCCCCUCCAGUGUGUUGGACUUUGUGUUUCUGAUCCCCUCUGUUCUCUUUGAACCAUCUGAGGUGUGCAUUGGUUAAAACUAGAAAGAUGGAAGGUGCAGUGAUCAAGUUCUCUCUGUCAGGGAAGGUACAGGUGGUACAAGUGGAGUAACCUGUGAAUCAUGACAAGAUUUAGCUUGAUCUGCAUUUUAUAGCCAGACCAGUUAGUGGUGGAUGUUGAUGAAAUAUCCCUACUGCAGUUGGUGUAGACUGGCUGAUCCAUAGCAAGCCUCAGUGAUCCUGACUUCGUAUCCCUCCCUCAGUUUGCUGUUCGUAAAACUGGAAGUCCCAAUCUUGGCUUGGAAAUUUGAGGCUUUGCAAAUAUCAGUAGCUGUUUCCAGUAAGAAAGAGGCUGUAAUUACUUGGACAAAACUUGACUGACAUAUGAACAAGAUGUAUCUGCUGGGGGCUUACUGCCAAGAGUGGAUUUGUACUUAAGCGGAUGUAAUUGCAUGGACUCUGUACUGGAUUGUUUGACAGAUUAAAUUUCUAUGAUAGUGUGAGAUAACAGGAGGUCACAGUCCAAGAAUAAGGUUCUGAAGUGUAUGUAUUCACAGCUGGGGUGCUAAUCUGAUUAAUUGAAAGCUGAUUCAAUUCAUAAUAAAUUUAUGUUGUUGGAUCCAAAAGUGUCAGUGCCAAUUGUCAAUGCCAGUUGUGUGUGAGGUCUGUGCAUUGAGAAUGGUCUUUUGCACUUGUGCUGGGAAAAUCUGAGCAGGGUCUCCACUUGGUAGCAUCUAAAGCCUGAAGUAACCACAGCUGGCAUGCUAAAAAAAAGGGUUGUUUGGGUUUUUUUUACCCUGGUUAUCAGGCUAAGAACCACACUGAUACUGGGCAGCCUUUCACUGUCAGAUACAGAGUGCAAUAUAAAUCUGUCUGGCUGUGGCAUUAAGGAAAUAGGAGGUCUUAGAUGUGGUCAGUGGUGCUGGGUAUCAGCACACAGGCUCUGAUAGCAGCUGGUGUUCUAUUUUUAGAACCCCUGAGGAGCAGUGAUCCCAAAGUGUUGAUUUGCUGCCUCUUAGGUCAGUGCAUGGGAGAGCUGGGCCUGGCACGGCGCAACCACAGCCUCCUCCUGCAGUGCCAGCACCGUGCUGCAAACGGGGGCACCUGGGAGCUCUGCCUCUUAUGUAAGAGGAGGAAAUGAUUGCCUGGGAUGAUGCAAAAGGAGCUGGGGAGCUCCGGGUGGCUGAAGGUGGCAUCUCAGAGAGCUCUGUCCUUCCCUGGCCAAAGCCUUGGUGAUGUGUUUGAAUCAGCACAGGUGCGUCUAAGCAGCACACGGGCGGAUUUCUGCAACUUGCUUCUUUGGAAAGGAUGUUAUUUGCUGCAAAGGAACUGGAAGAAGAUGGCAUUUCGAAUAUAGAUGCCUUUGUAAACAGCCAGGAAUGGACACUGAGCCGCUCUGUACCCGAGCUGAAAGUGGGGAUCGUGGGUAACCUGGCCAGUGGGAAGUCAGCGCUGGUGCACCGCUACCUGACCGGCACCUAUGUCCAGGAGGAGUCACCUGAAGAUAUGGAUGCAGGUGGCAGAUUCAAGAAGGAGAUAGUGGUUGAUGGACAGAGCUACCUGCUGCUGAUCAGAGAUGAAGGAGGCCCUCCAGAGGCACAGUUUGCCAUGUGGGUGGAUGCUGUUAUCUUUGUGUUCAGCUUGGAGGAUGAAGUCAGCUUCCAGACUGUUUACCACUACUACAGCCGCAUGGCCAACUAUCGCAACACUAGUGAAAUCCCCAUGGUCCUGGUGGGCACCCAGGAUGCCAUCAGCUCCACCAACCCCCGCGUCAUCGACGAUGCCAGAGCCAGGAAGCUGUCCAACGACCUCAAGAGAUGCACUUACUACGAGACCUGCGCGACCUACGGGCUCAACGUGGAGAGAGUCUUCCAUGACGUUGCCCAGAAGAUCGUUUCCACCAAGAAGAAGCAGCAGCUCUCAAUCGGACCCUGCAAAUCUCUGCCCAACUCUCCGAGCCACUCCUCCGUGUGUUCUGCCCAGGUUUCUGCCGUACAUAUCAGCCAGACCAGUAAUGGAGGAGGGAGUUUAAGUGAUUAUUCCUCCUCUGUCCCAUCAACUCCAAGCACCAGCCAGAAGGAGCUGCGGAUUGAUGUUCCUCCCACUGCCAACACACCAACUCCUGUCCGUAAACAGUCCAAGCGCCGAUCCAACCUCUUCACGUCUCGGAAAGGGAGUGACCCAGACAAAGAGAAGAAGGUCCUGGAGAGCAGAACAGACAGCAUUGGAAGCGGCCGCGCAAUCCCAAUUAAACAGGGGAUGCUGCUGAAGCGGAGUGGCAAGUCCCUGAACAAGGAGUGGAAGAAGAAGUACGUGACACUGUGUGACAACGGCGUGCUGACCUACCACCCCAGCCUGCACGAUUACAUGCAGAACGUUCACGGCAAAGAGAUCGACUUGCUGAGAACCACUGUGAAGGUCCCUGGCAAGAGGCCCCCCCGAGCCACAUCAGCCUGUGCCCCCAUCUCCAGCCCCAAAACCAACGGCCUCUCCAAAGACAUGAGCAGUUUACACAUCUCGCCAAAUUCAGGGAACGUGACUACUAGCACAUCUGUGUCUCAGAUGGCCAGUGGGAUCAGUCUGGUGUCCUUCAACAGCCGCCCGGACGGUAUGCACCAGCGCUCCUACUCGGUCUCCAGUGCAGAUCAGUGGAGCGAGGCCACAGUCAUUGCCAACUCUGGCAUUAGCAGUGACACGGGCCUGGGAGAUUCAGUGUGCUCCAGCCCCAGCAUAUCCAGCACCACCAGCCCCAAGCUGGACCCCCCUCCUUCCCCCCACGCCAACAGAAAGAAGCACCGCCGGAAGAAAAGCACAAGCAACUUCAAAGCUGAUGGCAUCUCGGGCACGGCUGAGGCCAAACGCAAAGCUUGGAAACUAAACCGUGUUGGUAGCCUGCGAAAUAUUUACAGCAGCAGCAGCACCAACACCGAAGAACAAGAAGAGAACUUUGAGUUUAUCAUCGUCUCUCUCACGGGCCAGACUUGGCACUUUGAAGCAACCACCUACGAAGAGAGGGACGCGUGGGUCCAAGCCAUAGAGAGCCAGAUCCUGGCCAGUUUACAGUCCUGUGAGAGCAGCAAGAACAAGUCGCGCCUGACGAGUCAGAACGAGGCCAUGGCCCUGCAGUCCAUCAGGAACAUCAGAGGCAAUUCCCACUGCGUGGACUGCGAGGCACAGAACCCCGACUGGGCCAGCCUCAACCUGGGAGCCCUCAUCUGCAUCGAAUGCUCAGGUAUCCACCGCAACCUCGGCACGCACCUGUCCCGGGUGCGCUCCCUGGACCUGGACGAUUGGCCCAUCGAGCUCAUCAAGGUGAUGUCAGCCAUUGGCAACGAGCUGGCCAACAGUGUGUGGGAGGAGAACAGCCAAGGCCACGUGAAGCCUUCCCCAGACUCCACCAGGGAAGAAAAAGAGCUCUGGAUACGCGCCAAGUACGAGCAGAAGCUCUUCCUCGCCCCGCUGCAGUGCCUGGAGCUCUCUCUGGGCCAGCACCUGCUGAGGGCCACGGCCGAGGAGGACUUGCGGGCGGUGAUCCUGCUGCUGGCCCACGGCACGCGGGACGAGGUGAACGAGACCUGCGGCGACGGCGACGGGCGCACGGCCCUGCACCUGGCCUGCCGCAAGGGGAACGUGGUGCUGCUGCAGCUCCUCAUCUGGUACGGCGUGGACGUGAUGGCGCGCGACGCCCACGGGAACACGGCGCUGGCCUACGCCCGCCAGGCCUCCAGCCAGGAGUGCAUCGACGUGCUGCUGCAGUACGGCUGCCCCGACGAGCGCUUCGCCCUCAUGGCCACCCCAAACCUGUCCAGGAAGAACAACAACCGCAACAACAGCGGCGGGAGGAUGCCCACCAUCAUCUGAGGGGAGCUCGCGCGCGCGUUCGCUGACCCGAGUCGCAUCCGCAGCCUCACAUUCCUCCAUCCCCAUCGCAGCUCCGCUCUGUGAGUCCGGUUCCUCUCCUUCUCCCUUUUCCCUCCGGUCCAUCCCGAGCGCCAGCGGAGCGUGGGGAGCGCGGGGGGCCCGGGAGGAGCGCGGGGGCUGCGGGCAGGCCGUUGUUUUGGGGGCCACGCCGCACGGGUCGCGCGUGGCACCGGCACCGGCACCGCCCGGGGGACACGCGGCGCCGCCGGGGGAGAGGCGAGCCGGAGCAGAAGGAAGGAAGGAAGGAAGGAAGGAGAGACGGUGACUUUCCCUAAGUGACAGUGAAGCACAUCAGAACAUUUCACCUCUACGGAACACGGCGACGCCUGGAUUUCCAUUCUCUUCUCCUGAAGAGCUUGACGGCAUAAAUCAGAAGCAAGCACAGAGUUUGUCAGGUUUGAAGCUCCUAUGAUGGUAUGUGUCAAAUCAGUUGUAGCUAAUCUGUCCGGGGAGAAUACUGGCUUCAUUACACUUGUAUAGUUGAGUUCUUCCAGCAUUACUGCUGUUUAAUAGAACAUGAUUAGUCAUCACGGAGAAAAAAGCAUAUUAGCUGAGGAGGUAGUUACAUGGCACGCUUCGGUGAUUGCUUGGAUGUGAUUGCAAUAUUCUUAGAAGCAUCAUAUUAUCUCAGACAUGUUCUUUCGAGCCCUUGGAGCCCUCCUUUCUAAAUUCACUGUCAUAAUUUAGUAUCUGUUUAAUUUUUCAGUCCAAAGAGAGGAAAUGAGUUGCUGAGUGUUAUUUGACUGCAGUCUCCUUGGUGUAAAAACAAAAUGGAAAAAAUAAAUAAGAGUAAGCCUGAAACACAAAAAGGAAUAAUGAAUACCGCUAUGGAAAACAACAUUUCAAGUACGUUUGGUGAAAUUAAUAAAUGCAUUAAAGGCUAAUUUUUUUUUUGUUAUGUUUUCAGCCAGCAGAAAUAGGUUCUGUCAUUUUGCCAAGAUAAAUUGUGUUGAGUUUUUGGUCACUCCUGUGAUGCAUUGCCUAACUUAUACAGAUUUUUGUAUUGUGUCUCUAGAUUCUAUGUAUUUAAAAUCUAUUUGAAUAAAAAAAAGGCCGUAAAUAUACAUUGAUUUUUUUUUGUACAGAAAAUGACAUCUCUGUUAAUUUAUAAAUUGUAAUGGAUGUGAACUAAAUAAUGUGCAACUAGUUAGGAUCUGUGGGUUACAGAUCAUUAUUGUACAUUGAUAAUAUUCCCAGCAGUGAACUCUUCUUUCCAAAGCCUGUGAGGAACAACAUAUCAGAGGGAGAUCAGGGAAGGAAAAAAAGGCACGUGAGACCUUUUAGAAAGGAAAAAAGAGGCUGUUCCUCAGCGCUGUAAAUAUAUUUUACUCCAGAAGUCAGGAAGCUUUCACAAGCCAAGACAAAAAGGCCCAUUCUGGCUGGGGGAAGAUCAGAUUUGAUUAAGUUCAGAAUUGAUAGCCUUCACCGCGGCGGGCAGGGCACGGCUGCGCUCCCUCCCAGCCCGGCUGCUUUCGGCAAGAAAAAUGGCUUGUGCGAGUGCCCUGGACAGUUCAUUUCAAUUCCAAGUUUUAAUACUUGAUUGGGUUCUUUUGGUCUUGCGUCCCAGCUUCUCCUGCUUCCCACUAGCAGGAUUCUGGCGUGGGGAAGCAGAGGUUUUGGCAGGCAGAAAAGUGGUUUUGGUUUUGUUUUUUUCUUUUUUCUUUAGGAGUGGCAUAUGGCAGUGUCGGGAUGGGGGCAUGGUUUAUCGUGGAGAAAGUUGAUAACUCAACUGAACUCGAUGGCCAAGGAGCAGUUAUGUGAGGGCAGUGAGGUGCACACAGCAGGGCAAUUUGCAGAUCUACCUGCUCCAGUGUAUUUCCCAGGCCUUCGGUGGUGCUCUUCCUUGGGGCUCUGGGUUUCACUCUGCACACAAAGGGGAGGAGCAGUUGCUAAAUAAACGGAAUGUGGACAAAAUGCAAAGGAAGAAAUGCCAUCUGGUUUUGUCUUGAGGAAAACCAAAAAAAUGAAAAAUUGCGGAUUUGAGGCAAAAUUGUGGCUGAAAAACGAGCCUUGAGGUGGAAGCACAGGGACAUUGAUCAGCUUCUCCUCUUUGGUGGUGUUGUCCUUUUGUACUUUGUUGUUCCCUAGACCUUUGAGUAUCUGGGAAGAGGGAAUCUUUCUCCAGCCAGCCUAGGCUGACUGCACCAGACACAGCUGAUUCCCUUCCCACUGGGAUACUUAUAAAUAUUUGAAUUUUUUUUCUUCUUUUUUUUUUUUUU